ACACGUUGCGCGUACUCAAUCAUUCGUUCGGUAACGCUCGCAUCGUGUGCACACGCAUUGCUCGCCUGGCUCGCGUACUUCUCUUGUCCUGUCCUGUCCUGGGUGCACUUGAAGCAACUUUACUUUGAACACUACUAGUCAGUUGCACAGCGUGAGUGAUCGAGGGAGGAAGUACAUAGUCAUUACCUGCUCCCGUUUAGUGACAGCCAAACAAACAAUAGCAACAACGGUCUCCUCGAUUGAUACAUACAUACAACAGGACACAGACAGCAGGUACCGACCGCCCACUGCGAGUCUGGUCGGAGUUCCCAGUCUUCAAGUUGCGCUUCGCGAAUCCGGUAUAAACACAGAGUGCAGUUUGCCGCCGCGUGGAAGGUGUUACAACUAGAACCACCACCCCGCGGGUUGGGUUUCGCGCUUCGUUGUCCUCUCCGGUGUGUGCAGGAGUGACAGCAAGCAAAGAAGAAAACACAUUUGUCAUCGCGGUUUUUGGUGACGACGUUCCGGUUUUUUUUUGUUUGGUCGGAAGCCGGAAGUGAACAGGUGCAGAAAUCUGAGGCAAUUGUAUAAAAUAAAUUUGCAGAUUGAUCGAGACGCGGUCCAAUCGAAGAACAUUGAACCCUAAGUGAAACAGUGACACUAGGAAGAGAACUGCACGGAAGUUUUUCGUUUCUUCAAUGAAUAAUAGUGAACGGUGUGGAGAGUGAAAGAUUUUCCUCCUCCGCGAAAGCAGUGAUUCGAUCCAGAUAGCAGGAGUCAGACAGAUAGUUGCUGUGCUUCUUACGUCGAUCUAUCGAUUCCGUCCUUUAUUUGGAAUAUUUCGCACCACCGUCAUCACGUGCCGGACACUUCUUCCUCCACUUCCGCACCAAUACCACCAGUGCGACCGGAAAAUGGAUUUCCGACGAAAGCAUAAAUGAUCUCAAACCAAAACACACUACUAGCAGCAAUCGACUACCUCCAACGCGGUGAAAGUACGCCGGAAAGCAGACAGAGUUAAACACAACUAAAAGAAAACGUAUAAGACAAAAAAGGGCCCCCGAAACCAGACCCAGAGCCCGACCGAGAUUUUCCUUUCGCCAGCAGGCAGAGCCGCCUUGAAUGACUUGAAUGACGACAGCAACCGUCGCGAUCCAGCAGAGUGAAAAUCAGAGACGAUUUCCGGCCUCCACCCACCAGGUGGCGCCCCGGUCCAGCGUACAACCCAUCGGCGCAUCGAGCGGCACCAGCGGCAACGGCAUCGUAGCAAGGAUGAAUGAAACGCAGCAGAUGCACACGACGGACAGUCCAACCCAACCGAGCAAUAACCUUAGCAUACACAACAACAACAACAAUAACAACAACAGCAGUAGUGCAACCAAGAACCGAAGCAGCGGUCAAGAUGCCAAAAUGGAUCACCACCUUCAGCUUCUGCAGAGGGAACGGGAACGAGAGCAUCACCAUCACCAGCAGCAACAGCAACAGCAGCAGCAUCAGUCGCGGGACUCGCAGUCCUCUUCCCAGAGCCAAUCCCAGCAGCAACAGCAACAGCAGCAACAUCAUCGGCCACUGUCGCCGACUCCCUCGGAGCAGCAGUAUGCACUCAAAUGGAACGACUUCCAGUCGUCCAUCCUGUCAUCCUUUCGGCAUUUGCGUGACGAGGAGGACUUUGUCGAUGUGACGAUUGCCUGCGAGCAGCGAUCAUUCACCGCACAUAAGGUCGUCCUGAGCGCGUGUAGUCCCUACUUCCGCAAGCUGCUGAAGGCGAAUCCCUGCGAGCAUCCGAUUGUCAUCCUGCGUGACGUCCGCUCGGAGGACAUCGAGAGUCUGCUGAGAUUUAUGUACAACGGCGAAGUGCACAUCGGACAGGAUCAGCUAAGCGAUUUCCUCAAAACGGCACAAUUGCUCCAAGUGCGGGGGCUGGCAGAUGUGACGAAUCCCGGCCGAACGUCCAACAACUCAUCGUCGCUGUUAAAUUCCUCCUCGUUAUCGACACCUGCUGUUCAGGAGCUAAAAGCAUCCCCCACUUCGACAUCGUUACCAUGGGAACUACCGGAAGACAGCCAACCUGCGCCUCCACCGCAAAAGCGUACCAAAAGCUCUGAACUGUUCCGCAAGCAACACGGUCUCUGUCCCGACGAUCCGAUUCCGGUGGACCUGCUGCCCGUCAAUCAGCACCCGCUGACCCGUGACCGGGACCGCUCCAAGGACAAAAGCAAGGAACUGCGUGAUUUCGAGCAACGAGAUCGGGAUCGCGGACUGGAAUCGCUGCUCGGCCAGGCUUUAGAGGGCGGACCCACACUGUCUGUGCCAUCGAAACAUCCCGACCUGCUGUCCCUGCAGAACGUCGCCAGUGGCGAAGAUUCCAACAGUAGCGAUACUGCUGCCUCCGACCAUGGCGAUGACAUCGACGGUAUGAACGGAAGCGUGGAGCGUACGCAUCCGCCGUUCCCGUUCCCGUUCAAUAUGACCGGACUCAUCCCGGGGCCAUCCGGUAUGCACGGGGAUAACUUCGUCUCUCGCCGUUCUUUAGAAAUGCGAGUACGCGCCACCGAUCCGCGACCCUGUCCGAAAUGUGGUAAGAUCUACCGGUCUGCGCACACCCUGCGUACCCAUCUGGAGGACAAGCACACCGUCUGCCCUGGCUAUCGGUGCGUCCUGUGCGGAACCGUCGCCAAAUCGCGCAACUCUCUGCAUUCGCACAUGUCUCGCCAGCACCGCGGAAUCUCCACCAAAGAUCUGCCGGUCCUACCGAUGCCGAGUCCGUUCGAUCCCGAGCUGGCGUCCCGACUGUUGGCCAAAGCGGGUGUGAAAAUUUCCCCGGCGGAACUACGAGCACGGGCAUCACCCACCGGGACACGGCGAAACGAUGGCAUGAAGCUGGAGCUACGAUCGGGAGGUGAGGGAGAAGACUUCGACGAUCCGGAAGACCUGACCAUAUCCCAGCAGAGCAGUCACAGCGAAAGCCAACGGCGGUUCCACGAGAGUAUGAUGGGAAUGUCACCAUCCUUUCCCUUCGGCGAGGUUUCAGCUUUCAGCCACCCGAGCACGACCAUAACACGUGUUCGGCAGCAGGGCGAUGGAAAGGGCGUGAUGGACGGCCGCGGCGGAGAUGGCUGCGGUGGAAACGGAAACAAUGGCAACGGCUCCGGAAUGGGACCGCUGGGAGGUGAUCGUCACAGCAGCGGAGGCGGUAACGGUGGUGGUGGCACCAGCGGCGGAAGUAGUAGCGCCUUGAACCACCUGCAACCGAACACCCCCACCGGAUCGGCGAUUUUGGACACGUACUUGCAGUUUAUCGGAAUGGGCGGCAUGACCCAGGAGCAGGCAGCCGCCGCGAUACAGGCCGCCAAAUACGCCCAGCUGAAGGCGAUGGGUCACAAUCUGGACCAGCUGCCGCAGGGUUUCCUGCCCCAUCAGCUGGACAUCGCCAAGCUGACUGGCAACAGCCAAAGUACGGACCUGUCCAUGCAAAAACUGCAAUCAUCCUCGACGAAUGUCACGAUCGAGCCGGCUUCGAACCGUGACGAGCGUCACCAUCAAGUCAGUGCCCAGCAGAAGCUGCUCUCGCUGGCAGCGGCUGGCAACGGAAACCACCACAAUCUGAACAACAAUUCGAUCCUGAACAGCGAUAGCAUCCGGCGUGGCGAUUCCUCCGAACCGAUGGACCUCGGUCUGGACGGGCCACAGCACAACCUGCACGACGAUGGCAACAGCUCCGGAGACGAGCGGAAUUACUCGGACGACGAGGGCGUCGGUACCAACUAAAGUGUAGGCGCGUAUACGGCCACGUAUACGAUUUUUAGCUGAAUUGAAAUCUCAGAAACACACAAUUGUUUUUCCUCCACGACUUUUCUGCAUGCAAAAAGACGGCAGUUCAACCCAGGCGUGCAUGUUUAUAUAUUUACUCUACCAUAAGGAUUUUCAGUUCUGCAGGUGCCCGCGUGCCAAACGGGGCAAAACCGAUAGAAACGGGAAAAUGAGUAAAUUCGUUGUGCCAUCCUUAAUUAAGUGAGUAUGAUGACUGUUCUCGAAUAAUAAGACACUGUAUAAAUCCAUCCAGAACGAGAAAACUAAAACAGUUGAUCGAUGUCCUCAUCGAUGGACACUUUGAGCGUGCAAACUGAAAGCAGCUCGUAAACGUUAUACCUCAGGUUGAUUUUUUUGUCCUUUAAUUCCCAUGAUAGGAAUAUCCUAGUGUUAAAUAAUGCAACUUUAAGGAAUAUAUAUAUUAUACUAUACGAAGAGAGACAAACUGCAAUCCGUAAUUAAAAUACCUCAUAUUGAAGAAAACUUUUUAAUUUAAUGAUGCUUCUUUUUCGAACGGAAGAGGAUUAAUAUUUCACGUUGUACUACUUACCUAGUGAUGAUAAGAACAUAUUUACAAAGCAAAAACAACCAGUUGAGACACAAUCCGUCAGUCUACCUCACACGAUAGUUAGUGAAAGUUACGAUUUUUAAAACAAUACUUAUACAAAACUUCCAGUGUUGUAAAUACCGUAAGCAACAAACCCCCUUUUACUGUAUCGCCCAGUUCUUUACGAAAGCAAAACAAACAAACAAACCUAUCAUAAACAUUAAAUAACGUAUACUACUCUCCUCAACAGAGAAGCAGAAACCUCUGUAUACGCGUAUCACUACCCUGCUGAAUAUAUAUCUUUUCUAUUGCUGGAGUUUCCAUUACCUGAAGCACGUUUUAUGGGAAAAGAAUGUCACCUUUUACUGCACGAGAUACGAAAUUUUAUCAAAAUUUGCUAUACGAACAAAAGUAUACCGAGAAGAAAGAAAAUACAUCUCUACUCACAUAUGUUCAGUUUUCGAACGUUAAAUCUGUACUGUUUUUUUCUCUUCCCAGUCAGUUGAAAACUAUACGAUUUACAACUACGAAUAUCAAAUUGGCUAAAGUAUACGCUCUUGCCCCCCCACGCGAAAAGCAAAUAAACUUGUAUACAGGACAGGACGGUGACCACCGGCUGUCAAAUACGAUUUAUCAGAAGAAAAAUACGAUCAUAAACCGAUACGAUAUCAACGCAAGUAUACUGAGGAAACUCUCGUGUUUAACUGUAUCUCGAAUCCCCAGGGAAAAAAAAAACUCGGGAUUCACCCAUUUUAACCAACGCCCACGGAUCGCUAGGUGCUUUCAUUUUUUCAUCCUCACAACCCCCCUACUCCACUUAGACACAAACGCGCCUUGAACGCGCAACGCAACUCGGAAUCUCAGUUUAUCUAUUUUUUAUGUAUUAUAAUACUCAAACUACCACCAACUACCUCCCAAAUGGACGCGAACCGUCCUUUUUUUUUUGCUAAUCUCAGGGCGAAGACACUUUCCAGGUGAAGCAGAAUUGUUCGUUAAUUUAUUAGAUAUUUGUUUAUACAGUCAAACACAAUGUUUUUGUACUCAAAGUACAUCUCCUUACCGAACUAAACAGGCGAAUGUUUCUCACACACAUAUACACAGACACUAGUGCAACAUAAAACGGGUAUAGUAUUUUAUCAUUGCUACUAUUGUGUAUAAAGUAGGUUUUUUUUUCUUCCUCAAGUUUAUAUUUUAGUAAGUUAGUUCAGUCCAAUUCCCGAGCCCAAAUUAUAAUUGCAUCUCGCUUCGACUAGCGAAGAGGCGGCAAUCACAGCAAAAAAAUCAAAUCCGGAAAAUCACACACACACACACACACACACACACACACACACACACACACACACACACACACACACACACACACACACACCCACACACACACAC